UACGCCAAAUUUCCUACGGGGAAAAUGGCCAAGAAACAAACGCUUGUCCUGCUAGGGUUCGAGGAUGAACCAAUCGCGGAAAAGGAUCGACCCUAUCUAUCCUACACGACCAACAAAAUCGGUGGCCAUGCGGAUUGGCCUGCUGGCGCGAUAGAGGUUCAGCCGUGCAUUUUCUGCGGCCAGCAAAGGCCAUUGAUCGUGCAAAUCUAUGCACCAUUGGAUGAUUCCCAGUUUCAUCGAACGUUGUACGUGUUUGCGUGUUUAAAUGCACCCUGCUCGACGCAAUCGCAGGCGUGGACGUGCCUACGGAUACAGUCGCUGGAAAAGAGUUCCCCGGGUGCGGACGGCGUUACGGAUGCACGAUCCGGCAAAGUAGCGUCGAAAGAUGCUACGAUAUCUUGGUGCAGUGGAGCCGACGAUUGGGACGAGGAUGCAGAGGAAGGGAUGGAGGCGGUGCGUGAUGAUUUCAGUACCUCGACAUUCAUGCGUGUGGAUACGAGCAGUGUUGCGGCGGAACAGCUGUUGAACGAGGAGAACGGCAAUGUGAUCCAGUACGAGAAAGUGUCGGACGAGGACGACGAAAGCAAUUCGAUGGAAGCGGAACCCAUACCAGGAUUUGAGAACCUACGGGUAGACGAAACGAAUGCAAAUGCACGGGGAGAUGGUAGACCGUCCGGUGGAGCUACUGGAGGCGGAGAGCUGAUCGAUAAUCUCUACACAACGAGAGCAUCGGCCGAAAUUGAAGGACUCGAAGCGGAGGUUGUUGUGGUAGAUACGCCCAUCUCUCCGAAGCGUGAUUUAAUUGCACUGCUAAAGCAGCCCCAGGUUGUGCCACGAAACAUUGCAGAUGUAACGCUGCGUGGACUGUAUAUCAGCGUCGAUGAGGAACGCUACAGUGCACCACUCGCAUCCGAUCACGUUCGGGAACUGCUCGCCGAGUAUCAGCGCCAGGAGGAUGUGAAAACUAGUCCCGGAAGUCCGGUGGAAAAUGUUGCUUCCGGCACGAAGCAACAGCCAAAGCCAAGCCUUGAUCAGGAACUGUACGAGAAGGGCAUCCCAAUGCAUGGCGAUCUAAUGUUUCAUUCGUUUCUGAGCAAGCUGCAGGAGAACCCAGGACAGUUGCUUCGCUAUUCGCGUAAUGCAUUACCGUUACUGAUAGCGCCCAUCAAGGAAAUAGCCAUACCGCCCCACUGUCAGUACUGCAAAAAUGAAAUGAUCUGUGAAAUUCAGCUACUUCCGACAAUGAUCGAAAAGUUACGGUUUGAGGUGAACGGCGAAAGGGUGCCGAUCGACUUUGGCAACGUGCUCGUGUGGACGUGCGGCAAAAGCUGCUGGGAUACGCCGGACAAAAUGCGCCAGGAGCUUGUACUGGUGCAGAACGAAGCAUAA